AACAGCUUUGCCCAUUUCAACAAAUUGAGCUUUCACGAUAUUCUGAAGAUUGAAAAAAUUUGAGGCUGAAGUUGAAAUCCUGUCACUGGCUUUGAUAAUAUUUUUAUAAGACUACAAACUGUGAAAACAUUUUACAAAUUCACUAUGGAAGACCGGAUGGGAAAUAGUUCAACACUCACAUCCCAGAAAACAGCUUUAUGUCAAUCAGCAACAAAAAGUGUUGAAGAAGGAAUGAACAGCAAAAAGUGUAAAUAUAGGAGAGAGAAUGACUCAAGGAGAGAAAUGAGACAGAAAGGAGACCCUAAAAACUGGGAAAUAAUUAGAAAACGAGAUGUUUUGGACAAACACAUAUUUUAUACAAGGUUCAAUGCAUAUGAAGACAAAAUUAAUUUGUUGAUAAAUUCUCGGGAAGAAAUAUAUACUUUUUUAAAAAGAAUAGGAAUGGAUGAAAAUACUUUUCUAAAAGAUUUUAGAAAGAGAAUAGAAAAUUUUCAGAAAGACAUUAAGGAAUAUGAUUAUAGCCAAGACUUUACUAUGUUUGGAAAACUGGAAUUGUUUUUGGAAAACUAUUUAAAGACAAAUGUUUUACAAGACAAACACAAAACCAUUGAACCACCAAAAAUAAUUAAAAAAUUUCGGCCUCUUUCUCCAGUUUUGACCAGAGAAGCAAAGAUUGAGGAAUCUGGUGAAGACUUAAGCAACCCAAUAUCCAAUAUUGUUGUCAUACAAGGGGGAAUUGUAACAUAUUCCCGCCAUUGUAUGACAAUAUGUUGUAUAACAAGAGACGGCAACAGAAACGAUGUUCGUUGCUCAUCUUCUGUCACGGACUUUACUAGAAUCAGUCAAGACACAGUCCUGGCCACCCUCCCCUUUAGAAAAAUGAUUCUUAUUAUCAACCCUUUAAGUUUUAAAAUCAAAAGAAUUCAGCUAGGAUUAAUCUUGGUUUCUUAUUUGGAACAUUCUGCGCUUAUAGGUGUAGAAAUGUUUGGUCGGACCAUAUACGUCAUUGACUGGGAAGAGAAUAGAAUAAAAUACGAAUUCAUAACCAAAGAAACCCCUUCAGAUAUUGCUGUAGGAGCACAAAACAAACUCUUAGUAUCCUUUUUCAAUAUUAACAGGGUUACCUGUUACAAUGUGGAUGGCCAGCAGGUAUUUGAGGUGGAUACCAAUUCCCUGGACAUCCCAACCCACAUCUCUGUGUACCAAAACCAUUUUUAUGUCCUCCAGGGACAUAUUAUUUAUCGGAUUUCAGGUACAGGUGCUGUGACAACAAGAGAAAUUGGCAUGAAAUGCCGCCAUAUUUCUGUUGGCAAAGAAAACAUUUUUGUAACCGAUUAUUUUGAUGUCCUUCAUAUCAUUGGAACAAAUGAAGACUUUUGGCCCAGGCAGUCAUAUAACUCCCAGCUAUGGACCCCAAGAUUGAACAACUAUUUUUAUAUUGAGGAUUGCUACAAUGUUACUAAUAUUCUACCUAUGUCUACAUCUUCUAUAUUAAUAUUCUACAAGAAUAAUAAAGCUAUUUAUUCACUGAGACUGGAGAAAUAAUUAACCAAAAUAAUUCAACUUUCCUUGAGAUUCCUUCUUGCUUUUGUAGAAUGAAUUCUAAAGGAUUUCUGGUGUUUUACCGUGAAAACAAAGAAUUUCAGUGUAUCACAUGCCCUGGGCUAAUGAAAGGCCCUUUAAUGAAAGUCCAUACUGAUUACAUUAAACUAUGUCAUAUUGUAUCAAAUAAGUAUUUAGCUCUAACCACAAAUGGAAACAAACACGAGGUCCAUAUCCUCUUGAUCAAGGAAGAUAAAGUUGACAUUAUAGAAAGAAUUUCUCUGGGACAUUAUAAUGUCAGCAUUGCUGCAACUCCAAUUAAUUUUGUAGUCGUAGAUGGAAA